CUCUCAAGUAGGAUGUCAAAUAUCCAUCAUGAUUAAAAGGAUACGGCCCUGCUACUACUAUAAAAUACAAGGUCUCCGAGGGAAGAUCUAUAUGCUGUAUAAAUCAAGUUCAAGGAGAGAAGACUGUCUGGUCCGUGGUUUGACCGCCUUCAGACAAACGUCAUGGAACCUUCGUCGUCGUCAUGGAAAGCGCCAGGCUUCGCAACCAGGCAUUCCAGAUCGUGGGCGGCACAUGCGCCCCCCGCCCGUAUCAGCCGCAGAAAAUCGCAUAUCGAGUCAAGGGGGGUUAAGAACCAUGUCAGCGACGAGCGUCGGUUCGUCAAAUCAGUCAAGUAUCUUCUCUGAGGCGACCAAGCUGCGGGCUAAGGAGAUGAGCGGAGAUCUGUGCUGGGCGUGCCGCAGUGCGUCGCCACAGGUGUGUCAUGUCAUGGCGGAAGAGGACCGUCAGGUAGGGUAUCUGAGGGGGGGGGGGG